CUUAUAUCCUCCUCCUCUUCCCGCUACCACCAUGUCAGGCCAAUGCACGAUUUGCCUCUGCGACUAUAAGGAGCCGGUCUCCAUACCCUGUGGCCACGUCUACUGUAUGCAAUGCCUAUCUGACUACAUUUCGACCAGUAGCAGAGAUGGAUUCACAGCGAAGUGCCCUACAUGCAGAACGAAGUUUACUAUUGUUGUGCCGGAGCUGCAUUCCCUCUCCAAGCUGUUCCAUCGUUACGUGACUCCAAGUAUACGACGCGUCUUCGUUGAACCCAAUCCCUCCGAGACAUACGAAGAACUCAAGCACCGACUCGAAGUAGCGGAAGCGCGCAACGCCACCCUCGAACGAGACAAUCGGGACCUUAUGGAUUCAUGCGAAAGGUACAUGGCUGAAUCUGCGGCUCAUGCCAGGGGAGAGCGGAGUGCAACAAUCGAGUUGCAAAGGGUGAAGAGGCAGCUGGAGACGGAGAGGAAGAUGGCAAAGGAAGAGGCUGCGCGUAUGCGUGAGCUGCUGGAAGAAUCGCGUAAAGAGGCGAAUUUGGCAAGGACAUUGUCAUCAACUCCCUCUCCCGCGACCAUUGGUAUCAAGCGCGUGCGAUUCGAGAAUGGCAGCUCUGAUGGAACUGAGGAUGAUUCCCCAGUUCGAGACCGACUCACGCGUUCGCUCCCAAGUCGUAGCAUCAAGCGUAUCCGGCGAGAGCGUAACAACAUCUUAGAUGCCCAUCCCGCUGGAGAAUCUUCACCAUCCCAGCCUGCCCCUCCGGUUUCCCUCCCCGCUAUCAUCGAUUCGAGGCAACCGAAGAUGGCGCAAGUACCCUUAACAGUCCCAAGCCCUGCAUCGGCACAGGUCAGGAAAGGGCGAACGAAAUUCCUCAGAAUUCCAAUCGGCACAACACCACGUCUAUCUCAAAAUACCUCGAGUAACCGCCGAGAUAGCCAUGGCGCCUGGGCUUUUCUUGAAUCCGAUUCCGACUAACUUCAUCAUCUAUUUUCAUCAUCUCAUCGGUGCUUCACAUAGACCUCGAAUUUACUCAAUUGCCAGUACCAGGUGCUGCAGAUACUACUGCUCCUCGUAUAACCAUGUCAUUCAUUACUACUGCUCAUAACAUUGCUUACAAACUACUGCAUCUACUUAGGAACAAAUUGCCGCGACUCUCAUGGAACACUCACGUUGGCUUUCUUGACCUCAACUAGCUACGUCGAUAUUUAUUUGAAUACUGCAUUCUGAUCUACACUCUUUUUUGUAUCUACAUCUCAACAUAUGUAUGGCUAUCAAAACACUCAAUGGAUGCUCAGAGCCUGAUAACUCGAUUCGUCAGUGGGAAGGUUCCGGGCGGAAUUCAACGAUGAC